CUGGGGCCUGGCAGACACAGAAGCUCGCACUGGCCAGCGGCUGUCCAUUCUGCUAGCUCUGGCAGAGACUGCACUUCUCAAAGACAGCUCUUUAAACUUUUCAUUUCUUAGAGUUUUCUUUCUCAAAUUAAAGGUUUGAGAAAUUCCCGAUAGGAUGUUCUCUUCCCUGAAGUUUAUUUUAAUUGUAAUUAUUUUUCACUUUCAGCUUUCAUCUAGCAUUCAGGAUGCAGAACCUGAUACUGCUUCGCAGGUCAAAACAAUCCUCAUGUUCUGCAUUGCUGGUGGUAUCCUGGUAACCAUGAUCAUACUCAUGUGUGUUGUCAUCUGUCUCUACCGCAAAGUAUCCUACGCACUAAGGUGCUGUGACGAUUGUAACUUGUAUGGCAACUUUGACACCCUGCCACCGUGCCUGUGUGACGUGAACGAGGGCCUCUGACAAAGGUGGACACACAUAUCUUCAGCAGCAAUAUUUCUUUCUUAGUAGGGUGUUUGAUUAUUCAAAUCAAGUUUUAGU